AUGGUUUACACAGACUCUGCUGCGUCUUGGCGGUGCUAUGACAUGGAUCCAAAUGCGGAAGAUACGUCUUCUAUCAAAGUCGACAUCGGCAAGGCAGAUGAAAGAGCUGCUCGGUGGUGGGCAGCUAUUUUAGCCCCUUCCAAAGGAUGGAAAGCAACUGUUACUCAGAGGAAUGGGACAUCAUACAUCUCACCUUGGUCACUUUGUUUAGAAAAUGAGCCUGGGUUUGGAAUUAUAUGGCAGGACAACGGUACCGGAAAGGAGGGCACUGCACCUCUUUGCCCUCUUUCAUCUCAAUCUGCCUUGGAACUCUUAGCUGAGUUUUGCUCCUUACAUGACUUGGGCGGACAAUGCUGGGCCGCUUUUGCAACAGCAUUGACCUUUCCGACACAUAAACAGUACGAAAUUACUAUCCAACUUCCUCGACCAACAACAGCCCAGGGACAAGCAAAGCAUUCUUCAAACAUACAUCUGAUUAGCGAAUAUCUCUCGGCUGGCAGGGACCUUGCUUAUUAUAUCUCUCUGAGUUGCAAUUACAGUGUCCUGAUAUCUAGUCUCUGCGGAUCGUUUUGGGAACCGAGCAUUGCAUGCAAUCUUGUCAGUCCAUGGCUGCAUCCAAUUUUGGAGAAGGUCCCUAGAGCCACCGGAAUAGCAGAGAACGCAGGGCGAUAUCAUGAAAUAAUUGCUCUUUUAUGCGGCAUGCGCCGUCCGCGACUUAAGGGCCUUUGGGAGGGAGCUGCCCUAAGUGGGCUUGUGCCCAAGGUCAUCGAUCUUGUCAAGAGUGGAACACCUCCUCUUGAUCCAAACGGCUUUCCUUGGACAGCUUCUCCUCAGACUUUCAUGGACUCAUGUGGCGCAGGGCCAUACUUCUAUAGACGAGCUUCCGGCGACAACGCUAUCAGAAGAAGUGAUGCUUGGAGACUUCUAUAUCUCCCCACAUCAGCGGAUGAUGGCCUUUACUAUAAUAGUCUCCCCUUUUCACCAUGGUAUCCUACCGGCGAAACUGUCGAGAAAAAUUGUGCAUUUCGAGUUCGUGUGCACAAAUCAUGUUCAAGGCACCGUCUCGCCCAGACCUCCUGGUCCUGGCAAUUACAAGAUGGCUCAUCUCUCAAUGGCCGCAUAUUUCGCGCGGAGGAACCCGUUUAUUUGCAGCCAUCUAAAGUUGCGCGAUCUCGCAAAACUCACAGAUUCGUUUGCCCACCAGUUGCUCUCUCUCCGUCGCAGGACGCAUCGCAUGCAGCAUUCUUCGAAGCGUUCCGCUGGGUAUUGGCAAAUCAUGAGGGAAGACCGAAUUCUGAGCCAGUAUAUGAUGAUGACUGGAUUGCUGGCUGCGACGAUAGCGAUGAAUGUUAUUCGGAAACAGAAGAAAUCUCUCAUAGCAACGUUCCCACCAACAACAAUGAGGAAAUAUUUGCUCAGGAGCUGAAAGGCUGUGUUGACCGGGCUUUGUCUUCACAAGGAGAUUCAAUAAAAUAA